AUGUUCUUGGCUAACGAUCAGAUCAACUGGCAUUUUAUACCAGCUCGCUCUGCUCACAUGGGAGGUUUAUGGGAAGCAGCAGUUAAGAGCACAAAAUUCCACUUAAAACGCGUUCUUAUUAAUACUUCUUUAAACUAUGCAAAUAUGUACACGUUGUUAGUACAGAUUGAAGCGUGUUUAAAUUCAAGGCCUUUAACCCCGCUUUCUAAUGAUGCUAAAGACUAUGAUCCUUUAACCCCAUCCCACUUCCUAAUAGGCGAGUCUCCAGCAAGUUGCCCCGAAGUCGAUUUUUUGGCGUGCAAAUCAUCACGCUUAUCGCUAUAUCAAAAACUUCAGCAGUUAUAUCAGCAUUUCUGGAGCCGCUGGUCUCGAGAGUAUUUGACCAAUCUUCAGAAUCGCUCCAAGUGGAAGACAAAUCAAGAAAAUUUGAACUUGGGAACGCUAGUUAUGUUAGUUAGAGGAUAA